GUCCAGUAUGACACUGCGCGCAUGCGUACCGUGCUGAACAAGCAUUUAAAAGCCAAGAUUAUAUGUCCUAUUUUUGUUGCAAUGUAUAUGUUUUUUCUAAUUGAGGGACAGGUCGAAUAGGAUGAUGGGUGCCUACGCGGACGACAGGGUGUUCUCACUCGAAUUGGUCAGCGCUCUGCCAUUGCCUCGCACACAGUUCACCUCAAAACUUCACUCGAUAGUUGGCAAAAUAUGCCAGGAGAUACUGUCACGGACACGCAAGGAAAAGGAUACUGGCGGCGCUGAGCAGGGGGACAAAUCGUGUUUGGGUUUGCUCUUGAAAGCGGAGGGAUCUGGUGAGAGCGCGGGAGUGACUCCACAAGAAGUACUGGACGAGCAAGAGAAUUAUACAUUCACCAUUAUUCGCAUACGAUCAUGGGCUUUAGUAGAACUUGCGCAGAAUUCAGACAUACAAAAGAAGCUUCGCGACGAGUGCUUAGAGGUUGGGCCAACCCCCUCAUAUGACGACCUUAUGAAUAAGCUUCCCUAUCUGGACGCUGUGGUAAACGAAGUUCUUCGCCUCCACGCACCAGUCAAAGAGAUCCCGUGAUCAGACUGGUCCAAACUCAAACGAAGCAUAGAUUUGGAAGUGGACUGAGGAUAUCGUCAGCCGCAGGAAACUUUAUAAGGGGAUGGGGAUCACUAACACCUCAGCCAUUUCUCGUCAU